AUGGGUGGCACGCGGGACGUGGGCUGGGUGGCAUCAGGGCUGGUCCUGGGCGGCAGCCCCUGCUACCGUAUCUACCGGCUGACUCGAGGACCGUGGCGAGGCAGGGGCCAGCCGCGUCCUUCGCGGUCUGCAGAAGACAUAACUGAUGACUCCUGUCAUGAUAUCUUAAAUGAGGAACAGCUUGAGAAACUUCUGUACCUGCUGGAGUCAACCAACAAUCCUGUAAUUACUGAAAGAGCCUUAGUCACCUUAGGAAAUAAUGCAGCCUUUUCCACUAACCAAGCCAUUAUUCGUGAGUUGAGUGGUAUCCCAAUUGUUGGAAACAAAAUCAACUCUCUCAACCAAAGUAUUAAAGAGAAAGCUUUAAAUGCACUAAGUAACCUGAGUGUGAAUGUUGAAAAUCAGCCUAAGAUAAGGAUCUACGUCCGUCGAGUCUGUGAGGAUGUGCUUGCUGAUUCCCUGAACUCUGCCAUGCAGCUGGCUGGACUGAGGCUGCUGACAAACAUGAUGGUCACCAAUGAAUACCAGUACCUGCUCGGCAGCUACAUCACUGGCCUGUUCCAUCUGCUGUCUGUUGGAAACGGAAGCACCAAGGUUCAGGUUUUGAAGCUGCUUUUGAAUUUGUCUGAGAAUCCAGCCAUGACAGGAAAACUACUGAGUGCCCAAGUGGAUACUUCAUUCCUUUCCCUGUAUGAUGGCCAAAUGGCAAAUGAGAUUCUUCUUCGGGCUCUUACGAUGUUUCAGAAUAUAAAUAAUUGCCUCAAAGUGGAAGGCCGGUUAGCUAAUCGGCUUCCUUUUGCUGAAGGGUCAUUGUUUUUCCUGUUGUAUGGAGAAAAAUGUGCCCAGAGAAUGAAAGCUUUGGUUCGCCAUCACGAUGUGGAUGUGAAAGAGAAGGCUUUAGCAAUAAAGCCGACGUUCUGA